GUUUGAAACAUGAUUCUGCAUGGUAAUUCACUUUGCAUAAAAUCCUUUUGUUAAUUAUUUUCACAAUAACUUGAAGUUUUCAUUGAAGCGUAUAUUGAAAUGAGCGCAUGACAGGUAUUAUAUUUAAAACAGUGUCGUAGUUGAGAAAUUGUUAUUUAAGAAAAAUGCAUCUUCAAAUUAUUUUAAACAUUGUGCUAUGUGUUUCUCUCGGUGUUUCCGAGUUUCCUAUAACAAUUAUGACAAAUGCAGGAGAUUUAAUAACGGGAGAGUUGGAAUAUGUAAUGAUUGAUGGCAAAAAUAAAUUGAUGUCUAGAUAUUUAGGAAUCCCGUAUGCAGAGCCUAUUGUCGGGACUAACAGAUUCACGAAACCUAAACCGAAGCAGCCGCUUAGAAAGUUUGAUGCAAGACGUACUCCUAUGGCAUGUUUUCAACAAACCGGUCAGGAGAUGGAAAUAUUAAAAAACAGAUACAGAAUACCAAGAUUUACAGAAGAUUGCCUUACUUUAAAUAUAUAUUCACCGUACCAACUAAGUACAAGUUAUCUACUCCCGGUAAUGGUUUGGAUCCAUGGUGGGGGAUUCAGACAGGGCGCAGCCUCCAUGUAUAGUCCCGAGGGUUUAGCACUAUACGGAAACGUUGUUGUGGUUACUAUAAAUUACAGAGUCGGUAUGUUUGGAUUUUUGCGCGACAGUAACGGGACUGUUCCAGGAAAUCAAGGACUUUGGGACCAACAUCUCGCUUUGAAAUGGAUACAGGAUAAUAUCGAUAGAUUCCAUGGUGAUAAGAAUGACGUAACCUUAUUCGGCCAAUCAGCAGGUGCUUCUUCGGCUCUUUUACAAGCCUUGUAUCCAGGAAACAAAGGAUAUUUUAAACGAGUUAUUGCGGAAAGUGGGACACCAUUGGCCCCAUGGGCUAUAAAAGACAUAUCCUCCGCCGAGAAAUAUCUAAAUGACAUAGGUUGUCCACCUAAUACAAAAGAGACUUUACCAUGUUUGCAAAGCAAAAGUCCAAUGAAGCUUCUGUACAACAAAGCGAACCUAGGUCCUGUCAUAGACGGCGACUUUCUAAUUGCUUCUCCUGAAGAAAUCCUGUUAGAACACACACCACGGACAGCGCCUGCGCGAGAUAUGUUCGCAUCGGUUGAUAUCCUUCUUGGUUUCAACGAUAUGGACGGAGUCCUGUACUACAACACAUGGGCUGCGUUGCUGGGACAUACUUCCCUUGAUUUCAACGUCUAA